UCUGACUCGAACUCAUGCCACUAGAGACUCUAACUACGAGUAACCUUUAUUGGUCCAUCUAUUUGGCUGACUUAUGUCCCAGAUGAGGCUUAUGCUUAAAGCAACAACAGUGUAGUAGCUUUGUACUAAUCAAGUACUAUUAACACUCUGGCACAGUCAGAGUUCAAGCUGUCCUCAGAAGUUCAUAGCUAAUUGGCAUGUGCACAUCAUUAUCAUCAUGGAUUUGAGUAGCUGAACAUGGGAAAUGAGAUGGGCAACAGCAACACUUCAGGGCAAAAAGAAGAAGAGAACACAGCAGUUGAGUCUGCAGAAAACUCUGCCCAAGAAACGAAUCCUGUAGAGGAUCUGAAAGGAGAGAAUCAGAUAGCUCCAGCAGGUGAAGGAAAAGAUUUUCAUGAAAAAGUUGAAGGUUUGUCAUCUGAUGACCCAUUGGGAGCUGGAGAUCCUCGUAUAGACAUGCAGACAUCGGAUGAAAAUGAGCAAGAUGACACUGAGCUUAAAUCUUCUUUCCAAUCCACAGAAGUUCCUAUAGAAUCUAAUGAUGCAGCUAAUCAAGACAGUGAAAGCCAAGCAGUGUCUUCACCCAAAGACAUGAACCAUCUUGAAAAGGUAACAAGGCCAAAUUUGGAGGAGAAUCUGUUGGCAGCAAGUGAUCAUCAAAUCAAGAAACAGACAUCCACUGGAAGAGAGGAGGUGGAGACAAGUUACUCAACUUGUGACACAAAAUUUGUGUUACCCACCACAGAGCUUCUAGAAUUUGUAGCAUCACAGUUCAAUCAACGAGAACUUGGUGAAGUUCAUGCUGAGCCAUUGGCCGAAGGACAUAACGGGUCACCCUCAUGUCAAGCCGAAGAGAAAGGGAAAUUGUUAGAAACUGAAGCGACACAGAAUCUGGCUGAAACUGUUGUUUCAGAUGCUAAAAUAGUUGAAGAAACAGCAUUCCAAGAGAAUGCAUUUGACACGAGCAUUCAAGAUGAUAAAUGUGAAAAUGCAACUAAAGAAGAAUUGGAAAAUGUUUUGAGCAACAUGACAUCAAGUUUUCAGAGUGGUGUUGACAAAUUGAAUGAAGUUGUUACCGAGAUAAAUUUAAGUAGGAAUGGUUCAUCAAAAUCACCGAAAGAAGCCAUUGCUCAGAGAAAUUCAUCAAACACCUAUGAAGAAGUUCCCCAAUCACCAGACAAAUGCAUGCUUCUCACUGAAGAUAUGAAAGUGAUUGAUGAGAGUGUAGCAGAAAAUGAGAAGCCAAUACAGUUUCAUAAGGAAGCGGUGAAUGAAAUAAAGACUGAUGAGGUCAACACUUCUCAGCCUGAAUUGAUGAUGGUUGGUUCUGAUACUGGUAAUGAAAAGGAAAGCAUAGUUGAUGAUUCUUGUGAUUCUGCAAUUGACGACAACAGUCAAAGCAAGGAAGUGAAGGUGAUUGAGAAUGGCUACCAACUUGAUAUUUCCAAUGAAAAUCCACUAGAAAAAAUAAAGGAUUCAGAAGAAUUAACUGAAAUGGCUUCUGCUAUUGAAACAGUUCCAACAGAAUUAACUGUCACAAAAUACAACCGUGAAGAAGAACAACUGACAGAAAAGGUCAUCGAAAAUGCAGAAAAUUUGAAGGGAGAGACAACAGAACAGACUAUGCCUCAAUCUGACAAGGUUGAUUACGCAAGUAGUUUAUUUUCAGCAUAUUCUUCUCCUCUUGUAAAUUUGCAGGAUCAAAAACAGGACACUGUAAUUGGAUCAGAAACUGUCAAAAGCAAUGCUGUGUUGUCAACAGAGUCAAAAAAAGAUAGUUGCAGUGAGUUCUUAGUCAUUAAAGCUUCAAUUGUUGAUUCCAACGAUUCAACCAAGCAAACUUUGGUCUCAACAGUUGAACAGUCGAUGACAGUUGGAGAAACUGAAACGUUGGCAUUAUUUAAAAGUGCUGGUAAUGAAGCAGAAGAAAGUGCACCAAGGCUCAGUACAGAAUCAAUUCCAGAGAACCCAAGUGUUUAUUCUGAUCGUAGAAAAUCACCAAGCUUUGAUUUUGAUCUCUCACUUGGAACCAGAUCUGAAGAAUCUGAUCAAACGCCAUUACUGCAUCGCGAUAAACCUACAAUCAGAAGCCUGUCAAGCCGAGACGGAAAAUAUCAGUCAAUUUCAGUGGUAGAGAAGACCAUUGAAGUGGAAAGAAGUGAUUCAGACAAGUCAAGAGGUCCAUUUCUGAACUUCUUGAAAGAAAAUGAAAAGGCAAAUGUUGUGGUUAAAGCAGAGAAACAAGAUUGUUGUGUCGAUGAAAAGAAAACAGUUGCGCUGACAAAGGGGAGUGGGAAGCGAAAGCCCCGGGUUUCACUCUUCAGCACUUGUAUCUGUUGUGCAGCAGCAAUCAACUAAAACCCCGAAUUCAAAAUACUACCAAUUUUCUUCGGUUUCAUUUUCAUUGAUGAUUCAUCUUUUUUCUUUUCUUUUCAUUUUUUUUUUUUUUUUUUUUUUUUUUUUUUUUUUUUUCUCCCAUUUAUUC